AUGGAUUCCGAUGCAAGUUCCACAUGCAGCCGGUCUUCUUCUCCUGACUUAGACUCUGCUGUGGGUGGCUUUUUCUCCAACAAGAUGUUCCAGGCGUAUUGUAGAGACCGGGAACCAGGACAACCCACCGAGAAGGGUUCUGGACAGCCGCACAUUUCUGGAUCCGGCGGAAAGGGCCAAACACUAGUAGAGCUCUCCAAAGAUGACCUGCAGGACUUGCGACUAAAAGUCAACAGCCGUGAGCGUAAACGAAUGCACGACCUAAACCAGGCGAUGGACGGACUCCGUGAGGUGAUGCCCUACACACAGGGCCCAUCUGUUCGCAAGCUAUCCAAAAUCUCCACCCUCCACCUCGCCCGAAACUACAUUCUCAUGCUGUCCAGCUCUCUGGAGGAGAUGAAGAAGCUAGCUGGAGAUGUGUACGGAGCAAGCGCUCAGAAUCACUCAGCUAGAAGACUUUUAUCCUCAACCUCUGCUCCUGCCCCCCAGUUGUCCCUGCUCUCGCUCGCCCCAUCCCUGCACUCUCUGAUGGGCAGCACCACCACACCAACUGUGGCUCAAGCCCCACACACUCCACCCUCUGCUGGAUAUCUAGGCUUCCAUGCACCACCUCUUCCCACCCUGCUGAAGGACCCCCUGCACCUCUCAAGCAGCUACAGGCAUUUUCCCGGCAUGCCCUGCCCAUGUUCACUUUGCCAGCCACUCCCUGCAUCCACAGCCUGCUUGCACAGCUUCUCCAUGGGGAAGUGA